CCUCAUCCAUCAUUGACUCACCUUGGCCCGUAUCCUGGGAACCAUCGGCAGCGUGACUUUCUACGGCUGCUACUUCUGUUCCGGUCUAAGAUACAAUCCCAUCCCGCGCGACAUACGUGGACGGACUGCCUCGACCACGACUUGUUGUAGAAUCCCACAGACCUCCACCGAUGGCGGCCAACAUGCAGGAUAUAACUCAGGCCGGCCAGAUGAUGCAUCGGCGACUAAUGCGCGAAUCCAACGCCAGCCAGGUGCAUGAGAUCGUCCACCAAAGCGUGGUCCAAGACACACACAACUUUACCCGCCUCUCCUGGCAGGCCAACGUCCCUUUCAGUGAUCGCGUGAGAAUGAGGAUGAACCUUAUCUCUAAUAUUACCCUCGCUACGAAUGAAGUCGACACCAUACUGGCAGCCCGUUAUAGCAGCAAGUUUGAGCGACAUUUAUUUCAUAUGUCUCCCACAAAGGAAGCGUAUGACCAAUCAAUAGCGAAUAGGAUUAUGGAGUUCUACAAGAAGCCCCAACUCGGCAAAGACGGCCUCAAAUUCGAUUCGCAGCUAAAUGUCAUCAACAUCGGGACCUACGAUCCGGAUGAAGAGGUCCCUCGCGACAACCCCCUCAUGACUCCACUCCGUCCUCGGCUCGAACCCUCCCCGAGUCCUCCCCCAGAAAUUCCCCCAGCUGCAGUCAGUCUGAGUCUUGCCUCUCUCGACGAUGGCGACAAGUCUAAUCGCUAGAAGGUCCGUCCCGGUUCGGGGGAUGCCAUCUUGGUCGGCUAUCUCGACAACGGACGCGACCCCGAGAUCGCCCGUGUCGCCGCUCGUCAGGUCCUACCCUUGGACAAAGACUCCUCGGACGACGAAUCCAGUCUUGAUGGACCCCCCGAAGAAGUUGCCAUGACCAGUCCGGCGCCACAGAACGUCGCCGU